AGCUGUCUGUCGUUCUCUUCGACGAUAUCGCUUUCAGAAAAGGCAGAAAAGCAACAAAAGAAAAUUGCAUCAAAAUUAUUGUAUUUUAAAAGUUUACUGUACUGCAAUUUGUUUUAUCAGUUUUAUUGAAAAGUUCGCAGUUUAACCUUCGUUAGAAGUACUAAUUUGUGAGGUGAAAAACUAUGCGAAUAAUAGUACAAAUCGUUAGCUGAUUGGUCGACAGCCGAAGACUUCAACUCGCAUUGUUCCAUAUUUCGGGAAAAUAUGAGAAAAUGUUCGACCGACCAAGAUGUCGUGAUUGGAGUCCACUAUCGACUCAACAACUCCGCCUGCGAAGUUUGAUACAAAUCUCCGGGCACAACAUCGUUUGUGACCAUCCCAAAUGUACCGUAUAUUUUACUCUACAUACGACUACAAUGUCGGCCCCAUUCUACACCAGCGAAAAACUAGAUAUCCAUAAUAACAUUAUAUGGCCGGAGAUAAACUGUCCGAUGACGGUAAAGUCUUCGUUGCGCUGCGUUUGUGUCCGAGUGUGGCAACAUAACACCCAAAGCCAGGAAGAGGCCAGUAGUCCGGAGAGUGAGGACAAACUUCUGUUUCUCUGGGGAAUUUAUUUCUCUGGAUUAGUUCCGUUGGCGCGACGAAGCGAGAAGCGACUCAAAGAGAAUACCUUAGUUUUUCAAAUGCAUGGUGGCUAUUUUACGUCGGCUGAGUACAUUUUGGAUGGUGAAGAACAGAACCGCUCAACGACGGUUCCUACAGCUAAAACACCAACAGCCGUCACCGAUAGCACCCAUUUAGGCUUACUUCCCAAUAACAACAAUGAUCCGCUCUGUGAUAAUAGCAGUAGUUCUCCUAGUUGGUAUUCUCCUAGUAGUGCAUUGAACAUGGAAUGUAAAAUGUCCAAAAUUGGCAGCGGCAUAUCCUCAUUGUCCUUUGGACCUCAGUUGCGCUCCAACUCUCCAGACGAACAAUCGCUUUUCAUGAUUAGGACAACUGUAAGCCCAACACCAACUGAAGUUGAGACAAACUUAAAAAUUCGAUACCUUCUAAUGGAAUUCUUCAAAUCCGAAGUUAGACCUAGCUACAACAUCCAACGGCUACUCGCAGUACAAGAACGACAACGCAGGAUACGAUACGAAAGCGAGAGUGCAAAAGAAUUGACCGAUCGUAUCUGCAUGAAAAGUGCGUAUUGUCUCAACUUGGAACUAUUUUCCGAUAAGCAGUUGGUUUACCGCUCCUCCAUUAGCACCCACCAAAAUCGAAGUGGCAUGGGCAAGCAGUUAAGCCGUUUGCUCUACCAGGAAAAGGAACCCCUAAAGCCAGAGAUACUUCUUAAAGCGCAAGAACUACGUCGGCAAAUCGAGCGGGCUCGAUUUCGGUGCCGAAUUUUAACACAGGAAAAAGAACGCAUACGGGGUAACAUUCGACAGCUGCAACAAAAGUUGACCCAAAUGAUCGACAACAACAUCGAAACCGAAUCGACUCUGAUGGAAAACUACCGGAAUUAUGGCAAGGAAAAGGAGAUUUUGUACCAGCAGAAGCUCGCCUAUGCCAACGAGAAGGAGUGCUAUCGCGAUCUAAGGGACAAGGUGUUGAUUGCACGACAUCGGCUAUUGAGAGGGCUGAACGAAAUCUACUGUAUAAAGAAGAACAACAAUGGAACGUGUACAAUUAACGAUAUCGCUCUACCAAAUGCCGAGUCGUAUACUGACGCAACUCCAGCGCUGGCGCUAAGUGUUGCCUUGGGCUAUGUUGCACAUGCUGUGAUGAUGUGUUCUUCAAUACUGAAUAUUCCACUAAGAAAUCCCAUCAAAUACGAAGGAUCUCGAUCGAAGAUGAUCGACUGCAUUAAACUUCUGCCAACGACUGACCGAGAGUUCCCACUCUAUAGUCGGUCGGGCCCCCCAACCAACGCUUUGCUGUACGCUGUGUUCCUCCUCAACCAGAACAUUUCCCAGUUGAAGUACUACCUAUGCUUAAGUCGUGGAGAUCCACGUGCAACGUUGGCAAACCUGUACGACAUUCUUAAUGUUCCAUCGAUCAACGUGUUGAGCCGCAGCAUCGAGGAACCCUUUCAAGCUGUCCAAACGAACAUAUCCGGCUCAUCAUCGGUAGACCUGGACGUGCCGGAUGCUUUCAACCAGCUGUCGGUCACUGAUUUGAAAGAAACCAAAUCUUUAUCUAGGAUAUCCCGAUCUGUCGAUACGUACAGCAAUUCAAGUCGAGACGAUGAAAAAAGGAACGGAAAAUUCGCUUCGGAUCCCAUUUUAGCCCAGGGACAACUGCAAGUGACCGGUUUCGAAAGGAAGAAAAAUAUUUAAAUCGGCUGCUCCGGGGUUGGUAAAAUAUAGUUUGACGAGUUUGAAUUCAAUUUUCUGUGUAUAUCACGUAGGAAAACGUUGGCGAAUUUAUUUAUCGGACUUAUUUAUUGAAAAUUGUGCAUUCAAAAUCCUCUGUUAAAUAUGUAGUCGUGUUAGCUCUAGUGGGACAUUUGAAUAUAAGUAGUUCGAACAAUAACUUUA